AUGACUGAAUUAGUCAAGAUCCAUUACCCACAGGACUUUGAAGAACAACAUACAAAAGAUGUUCUCAGGUUAAUCGGUGAAAAAUGCGUGACUCAGAAACGACAUGAACCUCACGUCGUACUGAUAGCUGGGUCAAAAGCAAGGAAAUUUACUUUCGAAAUUGCUAAAAUAUUAACAAAUAUUACUGAAAAAGGUGAAAUAGAUGCAAUUAAUUGUAAUCCUGCGAAAGAACGUUAUUUAUUGGACGAAGAAAUUGUAGCCGCCCUUCAGAAACCGAGCAAUACUAUUAUAUUAAAUGGUAGUGACAAUUUUUUAAAUGAUAUUGAUAAACUUCGAUCUGAUACACCUUUGUCACUGCAUAGUUUAUGUGACGUUGAUCAUCCUCUCAAUCCAUCAGCAUUAAUACUUUUAACUAUUGAUGGUACAAAUUUUGGGAUGUAUCCUGGUUGUGAACAAACUAUUUACAACCAUUUAAUGGAAGAAUGGCAAUCUGAUUUCAUGGACAUUGACCGUGCAUCACCAAUUUUAUCGCGAAUAACAUCACAUAUAAUAUGUUUAAAAAAUGGGUAA